AUGCGCGCCCUGUGUCGUGUCGCGGAAGCGGCGUCGCUCCUCCUGUCCUGUCUGACCCCGCUUCUUCCUCCAGCUGUCUGUCUGUCUCCGACUUCGGGGUCGGCCUUCGCUGCGAGCGCCGGCGCACAUCGUGGCGAGAGAAACGGUUCCGCGAAUCCUUUUCCGCGACUGUUGUGGCUGGUGAAGGAGGACUGGGCAGCUUCGCUCCUCGCAUGCAUGCAGGUUUUAGACAACUAUUUAGGAAACCAGCGAUCCGCUCAUCCCCCGCUGCCGUCUCGUCUCAUCGAUCAGUCUUGGCCUUCUCUCUUUCCGCGCACUCUGCUCUCGUUGUCCUUCGCCGACAAACGAGCCUUCAAACACCAUGCCUCUGGGUUCCUGCCCUCCUCUCUUUCGUCCAGUUCUUUUUCGUCGUUUUCGUCGACUUACCGUUUUGCGGGCUCGCCGCUGGCCGGUCCGCUUCAGCCUCCUCCCGCUCGCCAGGCAGCGCAUCCAGCUGCGCUUUCUCUCUUUCAGCAACUGCUAGUUCAGCUGCUUUCUCUUGGUUCUUUGCCCGCGAUGCGUGACGCCCCGUGCGCCUUCCUCCGACCCUCUCGCCUGCCGAGCUUUGCACAGUGCCCGUGCCCGUCAGCUUCGGUUUCCCCCGGUUCUCUCUCUUCCUGGUUUCUCGCUCGUUCUUCUUCCUCCUCGUCUGGGCACUCGUUGUCGCGCUCGGCCUUCUCUUUGACAGACGACGUGAGGCGAGCGAACUGCCCCAGAACCACCCAGAUAGAUGACGAGGUAUCUCCAGCCGACCAGGAGGACGAGGCGAACGCGGAACGCACCUUGCCGUCCCGCCACUCUUCGUCUCCUCCCUUCGCAGUGUCUUCGCUGCUCCUGUCGUCCGUAUUCCCAAGCGCAUCGACGGACGAGGCAAUUCUUUUUUCUCUCGCAGGCGCCUGCGGAGCCUUUGCCAGCAAAGGUGGAGACGCGGAGGACGAAGCCUGCAUGCACUUGUGUGGCCUCGCCAUCGAGGGCGCGCUGGGGAGACUGGCGGAGAUUGCCAGCCGCAUGCAUGCACCUGGCGACUCUCAUGUGUUUGAUUCUUCCAUCUCUCUGACGGCUGUCCCGGCCCUUCGGAACCUGCAACGUCGCAAGCGAGCGCGCGGAGACGAAGCAGAUCACAGGCCGGAGAGAGAAGAGGCAAACGCGCGAGGUGAGCAAGCGCGAGAGGCGGAUUCGGAAACGCGUCUCGACGACGAGCGCCAGCUUCUGGCUUCCUGGAUAACGCUCGUCUUGCAUUUUGCAGGAGAGUCGAGCGACGCAGAAAGUGGAGGGAGAGGCGACGGCGACGCAUGCAGUUCCUCGCAACCGACAGUGACCGCCCGGUGGGCGUCCCUCAGAACAGACGUUCGCCACGUCUAUUCCAGACGGUACGCAAGAGAAACAGAGAUCGAGGGCAAUCGCGGGAGAAACAAGCAUGAGACGUGCGCACGACAAAUGCAGCCAAACAACAGACGGAAGAUUCAAAAAAAGAGAGAGAACACUCACAUGCUUCUCGUCAAGGGUGAAGGCUGUGGUGCUCGCCUUGUGUGUCUGCGGUUCCCCAGGCUGAAGACGCUCCUCCUCGCUCUGCAUCGCACGCUUUUUCUCCCGGCGCUCGCAGUCGUGUCUGCAUCUCGGCCGGCCUCUGAGGGGGAUCGGAGGCAGGCCGUCGAGAAGGACCAUCAAGAGACAGGAAGCGAAGAAGCCGUCCGGCCAGGAGGCGCUCGAUCUGGCUCGGCGGCAGCCCGUUCCCAUCCGGUGGUUCCAGCGGGAAGCGGGGAAAAAAGCAGCACUCGAGACGAAAAAACAGGGAAACUGCGAGGAGUCCCCGAGGCCUUCUGGGUCGUACCCUCAGUGUUUGGGCCUUUGCUGCCUCUCGUAGCUCGCCUCUUGUCCAUAUACUUUUUAGUCGAGGAUCUGCCGGCUGACGAAGACGCAGCGCUUCGGUUUCUGGAUGUCUGGACCUCUGCGCGGUGUGCGAUCCCAGCGCACGGUGCCAAGCCCGCGUGGACCGUGGUGCGUCCGAGUCACCAAGAAACAGAGGUUGCUGCACAUUGCAUGCACGUGUUCUGCAUCUGCAGCGGCUUUGAAAGCCGCACAGCCACGUGUGAACAUGUCUGGUCUCUAUCUGCCUCGGGGCUGUGUUCCUCCCGGAUGCUCAUGAACAAAUCGAGAGAUGCGUCACAGUUCCUGACGCUCGCUGGAGAUUUGCUUUGCGCCGGCAGUGAUCGCGACUCGCUUGCGUUUUCUCAGUUUUGGGUUCCAGUCGCCUUCAGCAAUUUCCCCGCCGAGAAUGGAAACGUCGCGUCCGCACCUGCAUGCACACAGCAGCCCUUGGGCGCGACUUGUGCGAAGGCGCUUCGGCCGCCCGAGAGGGCGUGGUGCGUGUUUUGCUCUUUUUUCAGCCUCCGGAAUUGCCCCACGUUCUCCGUCUCCUUCUCACCGCCGUCGCCGACCCUGUCCUCCGCGCGGAGGUGUUCCUGGCGGUGCCUCUCCUGCUCCUGGGACGCGGAGAGGACGAGGUCGCCGGGAGCGGAGAGGAGCGGGAAAGAGAGGAAAACGAACAUGACGAACAGGCGACAGGCCUUACGUGCCGGCGAGGACGCGCCGCAGGCGAGAGACGAGGCAGCGAAAUCGCCUCGCUCUCCCUCGUCGGCGCUGUUCGCUGCGAGGGCCCCAACAUCGUCCACUGCGAAGCACUGCUCCGAGGCGCCUUUCAGCUGGUCACAAAUGGUGAGGCCUUUGACGCUUCGAGCCGCUUCGCGGAAGACGGGGAGCCGGCCGUGUCUGCCUAUCUCGCUUUCGUGCGUUUGGAUUUUGCUGCAGGGUUCCCGGCCAAAAACUCGCGGCGACGCGCUGGAGCGGGGCAUUGCCUGUUCUCUUUCCUCACUCCCCCCAGAUGUCCUCGCCCGGCUUCUGCAAGCUUGGCAGACGGCCCGCGCGAGCGCACCGCGUCUCUCGCCUCAUUCGGCGUCUCCGAUGGCCUCUGGGUCUCCCCUUGCCCAUGCAAUCUGGUGGUUUCCGCAGUUCGCCGGCUUCGACACAACAGUGCAGGGCGCCCUAGGAGAGACAUCUCGUCCCCAAGGAUCCGCGAAUUUCUCUGCGCUUCUUCGCCGCCAACUUACCCAUGAGAUUCACCGAGUAGGGCAAUCUCCAGCUGCCCUCACCGCGCUGAUGAUCGUUUCCAAACUCCCUAAACUGUCUCUCUUUGGUGCUCACCCCUACGUAGCCCGUCUCUCAGCUUCCAAUCGGUGUUUGGCGUGCUCACGCUUCUGCUCGAAGUGCGGGUGUCGCUACGGCUUUCGCAUCCAUUUUCUCGCUUUGCUGUCUCCCCCGUUUCCGCGUUUCUAG